AUGGCAUUCGCGGUUCGCUCGUUCUUCCUCCUCUGUGCGAUCAGCGGACUGCUGACGGGAGUAUGGUCUCUCCCCAAGAAAAGUCAAAAAAAUAAUGACUGCCCCAAAGGCUGGACUCGCUUGGACUGUAACUGUUACAUCUACCAAGGCGAAAUUAGGGCCUUAGCAGAUGCGGAGAGCGUCUGCAAUAUUCUGGGUGGAAAUGUCGCCUCCAUCCACAGUGACCUGGAAAAUGCAUUUAUUCAUGAACUGGUUCAAGCGGGUGGUGAUGAGGGCUAUGCCGUCCUUGGACUUCAUGACACAAUUGAGGACGAUGACUACAUAUGGACUGAUGGCUCAGAAAACGAUUACACAAACUUUGACAUGAGCGCCGGCGAGCCCGAUGGCAGCGGUGACUGUGUUGAGAUGGAUAUUUCUGAUGGACUUUGGGAAAAUGUCGCAUGCGAUACUGAGAGAGCAUAUGUCUGCAUCAGUGAAGUUUUAACUUACACACACUAACUAUUGCCAUCUUGGCUUGUGUAACAAUGAGAUUUCAAUAAUCAUGAAGACCAUAUCGCCCUUUGGUGUAUUUCUAUGACUUGAUUUUCCUAUCCAAUCUUUGUUUCUUACUCCGCAAUGCGGAAUAAUUGUUGAAAACAAAUUUGUUUUUCAAGGGACUCACUCUAUUAAAUGAAGGAAUC